UAUGAGACCACCGGAAGUUGAUGGAACUGAAAUAUUUUUUCUGAUUUCAAAGUUAUUUUUCGUGGGUGACUACCACUCAAAGUAUCAAACGAUCAUAAAUAUAAACUCAAUGUACACCGGAGACUAUAGUUGUGAAAUAUAUACCACAAACAUGCUAGAAAUGAAGAACUACAGUGGUUAAUUCUAGUGAAUAAACAAAAUCUUGCGUUUUAUUUUUCAGUGUUUUUUUUAAAUAAAAUUUUAAAUAGAACUUUGGACUGCAGAGCUAUUGUCAUAAACCAUAUAAUAAUGCAAUAGUAAAUGUGAAACAACAUAUCUGAACACUCAAUAUGAACCAAGAAGGGACUUUGUGGAAAUGGACCAACUACUUAUCAGGCUGGCAGCCUCGCUGGUUUGUGCUAGAAAAUGGCAUAUUAUCAUAUUAUAAAGCUCAAGAUGAUGUCAACAAUGGCUGUAAAGGUUCCGUCAAACUCUCUGUUUGUGAUGUCAUUGUACAUAACACAGACAGAUCACGAUUAGACUUGAUCAUUCCUGGUGAAGCCCACUUUUACUUGAAAGCAGCCACCCCUCAAGAGCGUCAACUCUGGCUAGUCGCACUUGGUACAUGCAAGGCGUGUCUUACACAAGAUGGCAGGACCAUUAAAAAACCAGAAGGACUUGGCACGUCUGAUGACUUGAGGGCAAAGAAAUCAGAACUGCGUCUCUACUGCGAUGUCCUUAUGCAACAAGUACUUGGGAUCAAACUAGCAAUAGCCAAUCGAGAACAACCAGAUAUUGAGAAACUUGAUGAAGCAUCGUCAUUAAUGAAGGCAACCUGUGAUCAUUUUGUGGCAACCUUAGAUGACUGUAUGCGGCUGGCCAGCAACCAUGUAUGUUAUACGUCAACUCCAACUCACGUCACUGAUUCCGCCCUCGCUCCAUCUUCCCCAACUAGAUCAAGCGCUUCAAAGAAGCCCUUCACGAGAUCUUCCUCAACAGAAAGACACAUUCCGCCUCCCAAUUUAAGGGAAAGCUCUGUCCAAAUUGUCCCCCGAUCUAGGAUAUCUGCCUCAGAAGGAAGUGAAACAGGAUCAGAACUAGACACUCCAAAAUUGACACAUCAUAAGGCACACAGGACACAUCAUGGUCACCAUGACACACCAGAUGAUCCUAUGUCUCAGUAUGAUAUUCCCGAGAAAACGCCACAUAAAUCAGACCAUGGUGGUGGUGGGCACAGAAGAGCGCCAUCUAAAGAUCAAGAUGAGUUUUACGAUCUUGAUGACGACCAGGAUGAUGAAAUUGGGCAGGGGGAAGACAUCGCAACUGCUGAUAAUAUUGUAACACAUAAACCACAUUCCAAUGGGGUCACAAAUUGGCGAACAACAGAGCGUGUAUAUCCAACAUUUUUUACAAAUAUGAAAGUAUGUUUCUCAGAGAUCCCAGUGCGACCAGGUGGUGGCAUUCCAGUCCUCACCUUCUUAGAAGCCUGUCAUGCAGUAUUACCGAUUUUUGAUAAAUUGAGUGCAACAGCAUUUGCUCCUGUAAAGAUGGACAUAGCAGGUAACAUUAAGAAAAUAAGACAAAAAUUCACAUCAGAUCCAGGGAAAUUUGAGACACUGCAGGACAUUGUGCAAUACGAGAUAAAGAACAACCAACAAGAAAACUCCAAUUCUGCUACCGUUGCCUUAUUGUGGCUCAAAAGGGCUGUUGAAUUUAUUGCUGAAUUUCUCCAUGAAGUCAUAAGAGGAGAUGAGGAUUUGGCGUCAGGGGCCAGUAAUGCAUACAGUAAAACACUCAGACCUUUCCAUGGAUGGGUAGUCAGGGGGGUGUUUGCGUUGGCUUUAAAGUCAGUUCCAUAUAGAAAAGACUUCUUACAGCACCUAGCAUCUGUAGAUUAUGAUAUAUCAAAUAUGGACUUUAUGCCACAAAUACUGAGAGAUAUACAGGCUUAUAUAGAUGGCAUUCAUCAAAUAACUAAAAUUCUACGAACAUUUUAUUGUGAUCACAAUUUAGACUGUCCUGACCAGGUCUAGUCUCGACAAGGUAUUGUGGGUAGUUUUUAUACUAGUACUUGAAAUUAUGGGUUUGUAGGGAGCUGUUAUAAGACGUGUUGACGGAAGUUGCAUUUUCGGUAAUUUGUUUGUUUAUGAGCCAAAUACAGCCCUAAAGAUGUGUUCAAGGGUGAAACAUAUAAGCCGUUGACAUUAAGACAGUACAACGAAAUGCUUUGGAAUGAAAGGCUUAUAUUGUACUUGCAUAAAUAAGUUGGAAGCUUUUAAAAUGUACAGUAACUGUCAAAAAGGGACUGUUUAAAAUAAUAUAAACAUUUAUUCUAAUUUCACAAGAAAGUAAGCAUAUGUUUGCUCUGUUGGUAGAAUAGAAUACUGUAAUAAUGAAUAUGAUAGUGCUCCCUCCAGGA